AUGCAUAAUGCCCCUCCAGGUGCGGGACAGAUGGGUGUUAUGCGAACAUCCUACAGACAGCCCAUUCCUCCGCGUCUACCACCCGGCCGAGUACAAUCUCCAUCCCAAGCACAGCGGAAGCCAGCUUGGUUCCCCAGUGAUCCGGAGUCGAGCGACAACGAACGCCUCGAAGCGCAGCGCAACAACAUUAAAACUCGAGUAUUCAAGCCCUCUUCGCGAAAUGGGACCUCCACAGCUGUACUCAGUCAGCCGCCUACCUCGAACACAUUUAGUGGCUUGAUGAAUGAUUUUGGCUACCAGUCGCACACAUCAGCCCCGCCACAAGCUGUCAAGAGAUCUGCAGAUGUCAUGGCUAAUAGUUAUGGCAACGUUCAGAAGAGAAGACAUAUCAUGCCAGCAAACGUCCCAUCCGUACAACAAGGUCCUUCAUCAGCAACACAGCCCUAUCAAGAGAUAGAACUCGAUGACAUUCGUGAUCCCCACCUGCGACGGCAGGUUGAAAGAUUACAAACAACGUGCUCAUCCAGCUCAGUCCGGCAGAUAUUACAUGCCUUACAAGUGACAAAGAACUUUGAUGAUGCUGCGGAUAUGCUGCUUUUGCAAAGUGAGAGUAGAGACAAACAUCCCUCCACAAUGCAACAGCAAACAAGCCGCAAUGUUGUGGUGCUUCCCAGCUCAGACGACGAGCUGCUGUAUACGCCUGCCAGACCGCCAAAAGGUGUAGCGAUGACUGCAAAUCAGUACCAAGCAGCACCUCAGCAGAUCAGAAGAGCUCCGACUAAAUCAAUCGCUCAGAAAUGGGGUAGCACGCAACAACCACCGCAAGCGACAAACCAGGUUCGAAGACUGGAUGUUUUCGAUACACCUCCACCUCAGGAGGCGAAGAAACGUACACUUAUGAGAGGUCGUAAGAAUCGAAGUCCUUCUGGUAGUCCUCGAAAAGCUAUCGUGCUUGAUGACUCUGAUGAAGUCGAUUCAGGUAUUCAGUCCGAAGCUGAGGACGCUAAGCUCGACAAUCGUGUCUUGAUCUUUUUCAAUACCUGUACUGCGCACGACUUGAUGGAUAUGUCGGGCAUACCAAAGGACCAGGCAGAGCAUUUUGUUGGCUGUCGACCAUUUGCUAGCCUGCAAAAGGUUUUUGAUGUGCAGAAUCCUAACAACAAGAACAAAACCAAGAAAGGCAGCACAUCCUACGGCGAACGUAUCUGGGACAAAGUCUACGAAAUGACCAAGUCCUAUGAGGCUGUCGACUUCGUGGUCAAGAAGUGCGAACAAAUGUCGAAACCGCUUGCGCAAAGUAUGAGUGCCUGGGGCGUUGAUGUUUAUGGAAAAGGCAAGGACACUGCUGGCAUUGAUCUUGUCGACAUAAAUGCCCUUAAGAGUAAUGCCCAAGUCCUGACUGGUAAGGACUCCGGCAUAGGCACUCCCAUCAGUGAUGAUGGUAGAUCGAUAAAUGGUGCUAGGAAAGGAUUUGUUCCACAACCACCUUCGCUGGCUGAGGGUGUUCAGAUGAAAGAUUAUCAGGUUGUUGGAUUGAAUUGGCUAUAUUUGCUGUUCAGAUCUAAACUGUCUGGUAUUUUGGCGGACGACAUGGGUUUGGGCAAAACUUUACAAACAAUUGCUUUCAUCGCACACUUGUCUGAAAUUGGCGAGUCAGGCCCGCAUCUUAUUGUGGUACCUGCUGCUACUCUUGAGAACUGGCUGAAGGAGUUCCAGCGUUUCGCUCCUUCGUUGAGUGUUCAACCAUACUAUGGUAGCAUUCCCGAACGUGAGGCAAUGCGGCUCGAGUAUGAAGAUAAGCGGGACGAAAUUAGUGUGAUAAUCACGACCUACCAGAUUGCAAAGGCAAAAGAGGAUAUCCCAUGGCUAAGACGAUAUGGCUUCACCUGUGCGAUCUUUGACGAAGGUCACAUGCUGAAAAAUCCGACAUCUGAGGUAGCUUCAAAAUUGGCUCGAAUCAAGUGUCAAUUUCGAUUGCUGCUUACAGGGACACCACUGCAGAACAACCUAGGUGAACUCAUGGGUCUCCUCAAAUUCCUCAUGCCUCAGAUCUUCUCUGAACGAGAAGAAGACAUGCUUGCGAUUUUCAAACAGUCUAUUUCGGUCACGACCACCGGCGCCACGGCAGACUCUCGACAGAUGCUGCUUUCCAAACAGCGUAUUGACCGAGCCCGUUCAAUGCUAACUCCCUUCAUCCUGCGUCGCAAGAAAUGGCAAGUAUUAAAAGACUUGCCCAAGAAAACCCGGCACGUGGUGACCUGUGAGUUGACACAAGAACAACGCGAUCUCUACAAUGCGCAAUUGGCCAAAGCAUGGGACAUUCGUGAACGCAAGGCUCGUGGUGAGCGUAUACCACCCGACGAGAACGCGAAUGUCCUAGUUCGUCUUCGGCAAGCAGCUAUACACCCACUGCUUUUCAGAUACUUUUACUCUGACAAAACACUACGCAAGAUCGCGAAGACAUGUCCAAAAAUUGAACAGUUCCGAGAGUCAAACCCCGAGCUCAUCAUGACAGAACUGGUUAACUAUGCAGACUUUGAGACUCAUGACCUCUGCUCGAAGCAUACUCCGCUACAUCCAUACCUCUUGACUGCAGAAAAGUGGGAGAAAUCGGGCAAGAUUACAAAAAUGCUCGAACUGCUCACAAAGUUCAGAGAGGAUGGCCAUCGACCGCUCAUUUUCUCACAAUUUGUCAUGGUCCUAGAAAUACUCGAAAACGUUUUAAAGAACCACAACAUAUCAUACCUGCGACUCGAUGGUUCCACUAAGGUUGAUGAGCGACAGGACCUCAUCGAUCUGUUUAAUGCUGAGGACAGCGAAUUCGAGGUCUUCAUGCUAUCCACGAAGGCAGGUGGAGCGGGUAUCAACUUGACAGGUGCAUCUAGAGUUAUUGUGUUUGAUUCUGGCUUUAAUCCGCAGGAUGAUGUACAGGCCGAGAACCGCUGUCACAGAAUUGGUCAAACCAAAGACGUCGAAGUCUAUCGGCUCAUCUCAGAAGGAUCUGUUGAAGAGCAGAUUUACGAAAUGGGCAAGGUCAAGCUCCAGCUCGAUCGCGAAGUCGCAGGUGAAGAUGGAGAACCUCAAGCCGUCGAUAUCCCUGCUAGUGGCGUGGCUACUCCAGCUAACGAGGGUCUUGUGGAAGCCGAAGGUGUGGCAAUGAUUGAGGACUUGCUAUUCAAGAAGCUCGAAGAAGAAGGCAAGACACCUGGAAAACUUGCAGCCGAGCAAAAUGGAACUACUCAGAAAAAGCUGCCAAACAGUAUCGAUGCUGGAACACUAGUCAAGACUGAGAACGAUCAAGAAAGUAGCGCUCUCAGCAGCUUAGGCUCUCCUCUCACAGAACUGGCAAGCAGUGACUCUGAGGACGAUAAGCCACUUGUGAGAAAGAAAGUUGACAAAGACUCAGAAAUCGAGAUCGUAGAGGAGAAGCCAGCUGGCAGGGGUAGACGUGCGGCAGCUCAAAAGGCAAGCAAGAAUCUAAAAGAUCCGUUUGCUGAUGAGCCAAGCUCACAAAGAAGCGGACGUGGUACUAAGGUCAAGAAAGAGAGCAGCGGACAAGCAACAUUGACUCGAACUGGACGGAUUGUCCGUGGGCGAAAGUAG